AUGGAGGAGGGCCUGGUAUCGGUGGACAAGUUCUCUGGCGGCAGCCAGGCCUACUUCCUGACGCACCUCCACCAGGACCACACCCGUGGUCUCGGCGCGGCGGGCGGGUGGCGCCAUGGCCCGCUCUACUGCUCCCCGACCACGGCGCGCCUCCUCCCCAUCCGCUUCCCCGGAAUCGACGCCUCCCUCAUCCGCCCGCUCGCCCCAGGUGCCUCUGCCUCCAUCUCCCUAUCCUCUCCCUCCUCCGGCCAGUCCCUCUCCCUCCGCGUCACUGCCAUCCCCGCGCUCCACUGCCCCGGAUCGCUCAUGUACCUCUUCCGCGGAGACCUCGGAUGCAUGCUGUACACGGGGGACUUCCGGUGGGAGCUCGGGUGCGAUAAAGCGCGGCGGGCGAAGCAGGCUUUACUGGACGCGCUCGGCGGGGAUACCAUUGAUGUGCUCUAUCUGGACAACACCUACUGCCACCCGUCACUCAACUUCCCUCCACGCCCCGUCGUCGCUGAGCAGUUUACCGCUGAUGAUGCCCUUACUCGAAACAUCAUUUUUGGGACAAUUACAUCUGACAUAUAG